AUGAGCUCUAGAACUACUACCAAAUGGAGCCAGCGAACGAGAAUAGCAACUUUCAAUGUUCGCGGACUAUCGUCAAAUUUCAAGCAAGAGCAACGGGACUUGACGCACUAUCGUAUUGACUUCUGUGGACUUCAAGAGCUGAAAAUUGUGGAUGACAUUGACAAACGAAUAGGUGUUCAGAAAGAGUAUCGUCUGAUAGGAUUCGGUCAGGAGACAGGUCGACAUGGCGGAAUUGGAUUUGCCGUCUCCAACAAUUUCCAGCAGUACCUAACAAAUUUCAAACAAAAUUCUGACCGUGUAGGAUACGCGGACUUCCUAUCGCCGUCGCUACCGGUCGACAACAAGAGCAACGAACGGGUUCCUGUUCGCUUCAUUAUUGCGUAUGGUCCAAACAACCCAGUCGCCAAGCAGAACCCAGAGCAACGAGACAAAUUCUAUGACGAGCUUUCUGAAGGACUGCAAGCUAAAAAUGAGAGGACACUAGUGUUUUGUGUCGGAGACUUCAACAGCAAAGUUGGCAGUUGUCAGUGUGCGUCCAUGGGUGCCUUCUCGAGAGGUACACGCAACGAGAACGGUGAAGCCCUUGUGCAGUGGACUCAGUCAAACUGCCUUGUGUUGGUUAGUACACUGUUUCAAUAUUCCAUGCGCUACAGAACAACAUGGACGGGAUCAGUAACUAGCACGGAUACUGGAGUCAAAAAGCAGAUCUACAACACUAUCGGAUAUAUCAUCGUCCCAGAGCGCUUCAGACCCUUGCUGGGGAAAGCAUGUUCUUAUUCAGGUACGGAAGUGACAAGCGAUCAUAAGCUGGUAAUUGCUGAUAUGGAGUUUUGCAGUCUCUUCCGAAACUACAGUGCUAAAUCUCGUGGAAAGAAGCAGCAGCUUCAGCCACAUCAUGAAUGCCAACACCCCACUAAACCCUAA